AUGAAAUACGCACAGUAUGUUUUCCUGGCCUUGGUCUUCUCCACUGUUGAAUAUAGCCUAGCUCAGACCUGUGCAGUGGAGUCUUUCUCUGUGAAAGACAACUUUGAUCCAAAAAGGUAUGCAGGAAAAUGGUAUGCCCUGGCCAAGAAGGAUCCAGAAGGCCUUUUCCUUCAGGACAACAUCUCUGCUGAAUACACUGUGGAGGAAGAUGGCACAAUGACAGCAUCUUCUAAGGGCCGAGUGAAGCUUUUUGGAUUCUGGGUGAUCUGUGCCGACAUGGCUGGUCCGUACAGGGGCGGACAGGCGGCUCAGUACACAGUACCUGACCCAACCACUCCAGCAAAAAUGUACAUGACCUACCAGGGCCUGGCCAGCUACCUCUCCAGUGGUGGGGACAAUUACUGGGUGAUUGACACAGACUAUGAUAACUAUGCCAUCACCUAUGCCUGCCGCAGUCUAAAGGAGGAUGGCUCCUGUGAUGACGGCUACUCUCUGAUCUUCUCGCGCAACCCCCGUGGCCUCCCCCCAGCCAUUCAGCGCAUCGUGCGUCAGAAGCAGGAAGAAAUCUGCAUGUCUGGCCAGUUCCAGCCGGUGCUUCAGUCAG